GGUGGGGGAGGGGAGGCAACAUUUAUAUGCAUGGUCUGAGUCAGGCUCCUGCACAGCCAUGGAGGCCUCCGGGUACAGCAAGUGGAGCAAUGGGCCUGAGGAGGUCUCCAGAGGGCCCUGGGGACUCUGGGAGCGUUGGGGUUGGAGACCCCUCUUCGUAGUCCUAGCCCUGGUGGUCGCUGUUGUUCUGUGGGUGCUUGUUCUGAGCAUCCUGUUCUCCAAGGCCUCCACGGAGCGUCAGGCGCUGCUCGGCGGCCAAGACCUACUGAGGACAAAUGCGUCGGAUCAGACCGCGAUGCUGGGUGUCCUGAAGAAGGAGGUCGGAGGCUGCCGGAACUGCUGCUCGGAGACCCGCGCGCAGCUGCAAACCACGCACACGGAGCUUCGGGAGGCGCAGAGGAAGCUGUUGCAGCAGGAGAGCGCCUUGAAUGAACUGCGCGAGCGAGUGACCCGGGACUUGGCCAAAGCAGGCGAGGACCGCGAGAAAAUCCGCAGUGAGCUGUUCCGGGCGCUGGAGACCGCCAAGUUUGGAAACAGUUCCUGCGAGGGGUGUCCCACGUCGUGGCUGCCCUUCGAGGGUUCCUGCUACUUUUUUUCGGUUCUGCGGGCCAAGUGGGACGAGGCACAGCGGAACUGCGCGGGCGCCGGCGCACACUUGGUGAUUGUCGGGGGACUGGAGGAGCAGGGCUUCCUGACUCGGAAUACGCGUGGCCGAGGUUACUGGCUGGGCCUCAGGGCCGUGCGCCUGGUGCGUAAGAUCCAGCGCUACGAGUGGGUGGACGGCGUCCGGCUCAGCUUCAGCCACUGGAACCAGGGGGAGCCCAAUGACUCCGAGGGACGAGAAGAAUGCGUCAUGAUGCUGCGUACAGGGCUGUGGAACGACGCACCGUGCGAUAGCGAGAGGGACAGCUGGAUCUGCGAGAAGCGGCUCAGCUGCUGACCCCGCCAGUGCCUGGGAGCCCCGCCUGCCGCCUGCUCCUAGUUUCGUGAGGAGAAGCCCACAGCCCGGCUCCACCCGCCGCAUUCCCCCCUCCCCACCAUGGCUAAGCCCAGUGUGGCUCUAAAUACUCUCGCCUGGCUCUCCUCCCGGUUUCAGGAGCCUGAUGUUCUGACUCCACUGCUUCCCUCCGUAGCCGUGGGCUGGGGAAUAUAGGGUAGAAUAGUAGGUUUUAACUGCUGUUUUCCCCAGACUGGGAACCCUCUAGGACUGGGGUUUCGUGAGCUGUCUUGGCCGCCUGAGGGCGCAUGAAUAAAUAUUUGAGAAAUGAAUCUUG